AUUGUAUCCCCAUCUCUUGCUCUUGAUUUGUGUUCAAUGCUUUAGAAUGCGUAGCCAUUAAUGUUGUUUGGGUUCCCAGAAAAUGUUUUCCUUGAGCCCGACUUCUAAGCUAGAAAAGAAACACAUUUGCCCCUAGUAACACUACUAAUGAUGUUACAUAACCUUAGAGAUAUGGAAUCAUCCUUCUAUCUUACACGACUUAAAUACUGAAAAGUCUUGUAGCAUUAAACCUUUGGUAAGGGAGUUUAGGCGAUCAUUUCAAAGAGGUUUUGAUUUUCCUACCACCUUAAAAAAGCAACCCCUGAACCCUACUGUGGCUGAUAGUUCAAAAAGGGUGACACUCAAAUGGCAUUUUGGUAGUUGAGUGAAAACAAAAGCAACCCCUGAACCCUACUGUGGCUGAUAGUUCAAAAAGGGUGACACUGAAAUGGCAUUUUGGUAGUUGAGUGAAAACACAAGGGCAAAUUUAGGGUUUCUCAGCUAUAUCAACACAUCACCUUUCACUCCAGACCACACCUGUCAACAGCCCAAGGCAGAAAGCAACCAAAGGGGGGGGAAGGGAAAUGGCUCUGGUGAGAGAGGAGAUCAAAGCCAAUGCUGAAGUCUACCAUGGAGAUGAGAUCUGUCAAGAGAAAUCAAAGCUUUUGCUCACAGAAGUAGGGCUGCCCAAUGGGCUGCUGCCUUUACAGGACAUUGAGGAAUGUGGGUAUGUGAGGGAAACUGGUUUUGUGUGGCUCAAGCAGAAGAAGAAAACAAUUCACAAGUUCGAAAAGAUUGGCAAGCUUGUAUCCUAUGAACCUGAAAUCACAGCUUACGUUGAACAAAACAAGAUCAAGAAGCUCACUGGUGUGAAGACCAAGGAGCUCUUGCUUUGGAUCACUCUGAGUGAUAUUUAUGUCGAUGAUCCACCAACCGGCAAAAUCACUUUCAAGACUCCUGCAGGCCUGUUCAGGUCUUUUCCAGUGUCGGCUUUUGUGCUUGAAGAUGUCAAGGAUGUGAAGAAAGCCAUGGAUGUGAAGAAAGCUGAGGAAGAGGCUGGAUCAGGGGAAGUGAAGGAGGUGUGAGCUUGGACAAGUUUUUAGCACCGAAUGCUUCAUCUUAGUAUAAUGCUUUCUCUCUUUUGAUGUGUUUUGAUGCUUUUCCCAUUUACUACUACCAGUACCGAAAAAUAAAAUAAAGUUAGAAUUUCAACAAGAGUUUCAAUCAUAUGCAUGGAACGCAGCGCUGAAAGCAACUUCUACCAAGAAUGAAAACUUAUCUUACUUUCAA